UUGUGUCUUCUAGACAAUAAUUUUAAAGUUUUCCAAUUAUAGAACGACAUUUUUUAAGUACGCCCUUAAUUUCAAGUGAACGUUCUUGGUUGAAAAGCUGUUGCCUUCUGUAGGUAGCUAUUGUUCCAUUUGUGGGACCUGCCCACCUCAUACUCCGUACUCCCUACCCCCGGAAUCACCCGGAAUCAACCAGCUGCACCCCCUGAAAGUUGCGUCACAACAAUGUGAACAGGUGGCUGCGACAAUUUGUGUGCUCGUAUUUAUUUUUAGUAGCCAGGCUCUGUGAUCCCACUCCAUCAUCGAAAGCCAGCGGCACUUCCAACCAUUUUAUGGCCACCCACUUGGCCAGCGUCCUUCAACCGCGCUGGUGACCCCCCACUGUUGGAUGGCGAAUGGUGACUGGUGACUGGUGGUGACCCCACCACAAAGCCCCCUGCUUUCCCCUUGCUUUCCCCAGCUUUCCCCACUCUGAACACUCCACUCUGAGCGCUCGUGUUUGACAUUGUCGCCGUUAGCUAAUCUUUUUAGCGUAUGUUGGCAUUUUCCAUGUUUGCGCUUGCCUUCUUGUCGAUGUCGUUGCUUGUUGCUCUUGAAUGAAGGAAAAAAGCCUCGGAAAGCGGGGGGAAAAUCGGAGGGAAAGCUAAGGAAAAGCCAGAGAAGAAGAAGCAAAUGCAAACAAGCGGCAUUGACUGCCACUGGCAGUGGGUGGCGAUGGGUGUUGGGUGGCCAAGAUGGCUCGGGAGGUCGUCAUAUCGAUUGAGGAACUCGGAACGUAACAGGUCAGCCGUCGUGGAGAAGGGAUAUAUAUGGGAUAUAUUGCGUCAGCCUCAGCUUCAGUCCCAUAAAAUGCCAAAAUGUGCAUUUAUGGUUACUGCUGCCUUUAUGAUUCCUUUUUCCCCCCGUUGGAAUAUGAGUAUGACUUGCAUUUGGCACACGUCACGCACCCUUAGUACAUACAUAUAUUUAGGAGGAGCUUAAAAAAAGGCACACAAAAAUGUCUCAGUUUUAAUAAAGUCUGUCCAAAGGAGCUCAGGGUUUCGGGUUACACUUUUUGAGGUCUACAGGUGGGAGCUAAAAAAAAUAAGAAGGCAGAGGAACAUACAGUGAUGUGAAAAGCAUGUUCGAUAUAAGGAACCAAUCAAAAUGUUAUGGGUUUCUUCGAUAUAAAUAGUUGUAUUGUUUUAAGCAACCUUACGUUAAUAAUAAUUAAAUUGUUGAUAUAUGUACCUCUUUUUUUAAGUUAGUCAAGUAUUUUUUAAUUUGUUUAACCUCAAACUUAACAUGAUUUAAAGACCUAUAUUUAUUAUAGGGUCUUAUAUUUUGGUUCAGUGAGCGAAGGUUAUUUGUGUGUUUGUAGGUUUUUCCUACCUUCUUCAAUCUGGGCCCAACAAAUUGAUUGGAUUUAAGCUAGAAUCAAUCACAUGCCAACGAACCACUUUGAUUCAAAUUGAAUUUAAGCCCAUUCCGAUGUUCCAAAAUGUCAAAGCUUACAGUUGAUUAGGCAGCCCUGGUGGGAAGUUGACCCUUGGGUAAACGUGGCAACCCUGCAGCUGGUCAGACUGAAAAUCAACAAGUCGCUUUGACAAUCAUUCAAUUUCCGAUUAAGUUGAGAGGUUAAGAUCUUAUUCUUAAUGGCCUUUGCCUUUUUUUUGUGAAAAAAUGAACUUUAAGGGGUAUUUUAACCAGAACGAAGAUGAUUGCCAGCCCCUGGACUUAUCGCUGCGCCGUCCAGUGGGCAGGGCUCCGGCGGAGGAUGGCAAGGUGAUUUUCUACGCCCCGCCCGCCAGCGCCACGGGAUCCCAACGUCAGCCGGAGCCGCUGACCUUGAAGAGGGAGCGGGACAGGGAGCGCGAGAGGGAGAGGGAGAGAGAGCGCGAGCGGGACCGCUUGAGGGAGCAACAGGUGGUGGCGGCCACCUCGAUUUACCGGGGUCGCAGUGUCGAGGAAACGGAAGCGGCCCACGAUCUGCUCUCCCUGUCGCAGAGCCUGCCGCCCCUGAUCCCGCCCUGCGUGGUGACCAUCAUGAAGCAGGAGCAGGAGCAGCUGCGCUCCCCGGAAAUCCAGGAGAUAUCGAACAGCGCUUCCAGCCGAUCGCCCCAGUCGACCAUCCGGUUCAUAGGCAGCAGUUCCUACGACCUGAUGGGUGGCUCCUCGGAGGGGGCCAACAACUGCUCGCCGCUAACGCCCCCCAACUCGGAUCACAGCUCCGAUGUGGAUAUCGACAUGUCUUCCUCCUCCGAAUCGGGACUGCAGCAAUGGGGCAAGUCCAAUGCGCAGCAGCAGAACCAGCAGCGAGCCUCGGCCCUCAAGAUGUGCCUCAAUAUGCUGGAUGGCCGGACCAAGGCGAGCAAGGCGGCUGCGGUGAGCAAGCAGGACAAACCGGAGCCAGUGCAGCCGAGGCCCAAGAGUGCCCAGAGUAAUGCCUCCUCCUCAGGGGGAGGUCCCCCGUCAGAGCCACCGGAAUUGGGGGCAGCCACGAGCACGGGCUCACACAGCUCGUCGGGCAAUGGGGAGAACUAUGCCAAGCGGAAGAGGGGCUGCUACAAGUGCUGCGAGUGUGGCAAACAGUAUGCCACCUCCUCGAAUCUGUCGCGCCACAAGCAAACGCAUCGCUCCCUGGACUCGCAGUCGGCCAAGAAGUGCAACACCUGCGGCAAGGCCUAUGUUUCGAUGCCCGCCCUGGCGAUGCACUUGCUCACGCACAAGCUUUCGCACAGCUGCGACAUUUGCGGCAAGCUGUUCUCCCGGCCCUGGCUGCUCCAGGGACACCUGAGAUCCCACACCGGCGAGAAGCCCUACGCCUGUGUCCACUGCGGCAAGGCCUUCGCCGAUCGCUCCAAUCUGCGGGCCCACAUGCAGACCCAUUCGGGAGACAAGAACUUCAAGUGCCAUCGCUGCAACAAGACCUUUGCCCUCAAAUCGUACCUCAACAAGCAUCUGGAAUCGGCCUGUCUGCGGGACACUGGGGCCAUUGAUCAGGGCAAGGGAUUGGAUGAUGAUGAUGACGAGUGCAGCAAGCAGGAUGAACUGGAGCUGGGCGAGACCGAACUGGAUAGCGACGAGAACAGCCAGGACAUUGUGGUGGCCUAGGGACAAACGACCUAGGGAACUCUCCUGCCCGCAACUAAGAUACUUUAUACCAGAACCCUAUAAGCAAUACUCGAGCACCCUUAUCAAAUUAAUACUAAAGAGAAUAACAAAACAAAAUGAGAAUUAAAAACAAACAAAAUCUAGUCUAGAAAUCGGCUUACUAGCGGAGUAGUUCAUUAAAUGAUGCUGACGAUGAUGAUGAUGGAUCUCAACUCAAUAGAAUCUUCUUCAAGCAGUUAUAUACACACACUUAUAUCUACUCACUUAUAAUCUGAACUAUCCCAAAAUCUCUCCAAGUUGCAACUUUUACUGAACGAAGAUUGAGAGGCAAAAGAACAAAGAAAACAAAAAACAAAAGGUUUGAGAAGGAAAUCCAAAACGUAACUUAUAGUAAAAAUCUGACACAACGAAUAUUAUGGAACAUAAGUAGAAAUUCUAUAUAUACACAGAUCAAAUAAGCAUUAUAUACAGAUGAGGAAAGGAUGAAGGAAGGAUGAAAUGGGAACGGCAAAUUAUAUGUAUACAUAUGAACUAAAUGAUUAAUACCUAGCGAGCAGAACCAAUUUGCAUGUUUUUUGGUAAAUAUCUACUUUUAGGCAUCGUUUUAGGGCUCUAGAGUUUAUAUACACCCCCGUCACAGAAAAAGAAAACCGAAAACAGAUAACACAUAACACUACCCACUCACCUAGAUGUAGUCCGAGUACUUAAGGAUUCGAUCGGAGCUCAGUUCAAGUCUUAGCAAACUAAUCAAUUAGUGAACUUAUAGCACUUCCCGCAACUCCCUAUAUCUCUCUCGCUCUUAGACUCUUUUUAACCGUACUCAAUGAUCAAGUUUAGCAAUCGGAAAUCGGAUAUAUAUAGAAUCGAACGGGACGAACCAUUUUAACCGCUGCAACAACGGCAACUUUACACUCUAACCAAGUUUAAGAUGAGAUUACUUCCAUAUUAUGCUCUAACUCGAUAAACAGAAAACUACUUCAAUUACUUAGAAAUGAUUAAAAUUAAUGAGAAAACAAUUUAGAAACAUAUCACAAGGACAAUACUUAACAUAAAUAAAUACAUUCAAAGUAUGGAAAGUAUAUAAAUGGCGAAGAAAGCGCGAGGAGACGACCCCAAUUAAGACAUUCUCAUACACAUGCAACAAAGUACUUACGAAAUAGUUAUUUUAUUACUAGCAUUAGACCCCGACUCGUGUACAUAUAUAUAAAUAUAUAUAAUGCAAGUUUAAAAACAAUUUUAUACAAGAAACUACCCCCGUACCCGCGACCCCUCGAGCUUUGGCCCAGCCAAAGGUUUCUUAUGGACAGGAACGCAUCCUCCCCAAUCGCAAAGGGAUAUACUCACAUGUGGAUAUCCCUAACCCCCGAAGUUCUGGGAGGUCGAGAGAAGAAGAAGCAGAAGAAAGCAGAAAGGUUGAUGAAACGAUGAUGAAACGAUGAUGAUAGACGUAGAAGACGCACUUGUAAAACAAAUGAUAACUAAAAGCAAUUCCAAAGUUAAGUGACAUAGUUUUUAACAAACAAAAAACCAAAAAUACAAAAAUUUGUAAUUCUAUAAAACCAAAAUCGAGAAGUAUUGAUAUAUACACAAAACAUGUAUUUAUUUUACGCGUAGUUUUUAUUCCGAAACCAUAAGCAAAUGGCAAGAAAACCAAAAAAAAAUAGAAAACCGAAAGAGUAAACUUGAAAACAAUUUAAUUAAAUUGUCAAUUACAAUUAUUUCAUAAUUUAAGAAUUGAUGAAGGUGGCAGAUGCGAUAGAGGUUAUUUUUUAAAGCAUAUAUAUACACAUAAAUAUAUUACAAAUAAAUAAAUAUAUUUAAAAGAGGCAGUUUUAUAUCGAAAUUAAUAAUAGUAAAUGCAAAGUAACAACAAAAUAUUGAAAACCAUUCGAACUUAAUUAUACAACGAGCAAGAAACCAUUAAUUAUAAACCCCCCCCUCCCCAUCACACAUACACACACGCCCACACACACAUACGCCCACAAUUUUAUAGCAACAACAGAUUAUUACAUCGUAUCUACAUACGUGCGCGCCAUGCAGAUAACCAAGUAAAGUAACGCCGCAUGUCGCAAUUCUAGCAGCAAUUCUAGAAUAUCGGUGCAGAAUUAGAAUUUAGACCAGAGAGUGCUAUGUGCAUUGUUUAUAGGGCCAUAGUUCGAAAUCGUGUUUAUGCAUGGCUUUAUUGAUGAUUAUUGAUAGCGUUUUAAAUAGCAUUAAAUGCCUAUAUACACAUAAGCAAACCAAACAAAAAUCAGAAGAAAAAAAAAAACAAACCGAAGAAAGCUAAAAAACGUAUAUAAGGAAUUCCAUUGAACAGUAGUGGUAACAAUUAUGUGAUUUGCAAUUUUACAUUCAAAAUAUAUAUGAAAUAAUUACGAAUAUAAAUAGAUUAUAUAUUGAGGCGAGCGUUUAAUUGAUUUAUUUAUGAGUAAGAUUUAUUUAUACACAUUAUACACCACAAAAAAAACGAGAAACAAACAAAAUACAAAAAGCUAAAAAUAAGAAAAAACUCGAAUGGAUUGAGGAGAGGCGAAGCAAAAAAUAUUUUUACACAGAAACCUUGUUUUAUACACGCGGCAAGUUGAAUCCGAAAAUCGAAAUACCCCAACACACCUGCUAAAAUUAAUUAGAGCCCCCGAAGUACUUAUAAAACAGACGUGCAGCUGUGCUCCCGAUUUCACUUACUUUUGAGACUUUUAUUGAAUUUUUAAGAAGACGUAUCCAUAUUGCAAUGUCAAUAAGACUUUCAAUGUUUAUCUUAUUCAAUUGCGUAAAUAUAGGAAUAUUUAAAUUAAAUUCCAUUGCGUGAAAGUAAAUUAAUGAAAUAUAUUUUUCUGUUCAAGCAUAUAAUCCUAUAUAUUUUAAAUGUAUCAUUUUACUUUCCGAAUUAAGCUAGUGAAAUCGGGAACUCUACCUAAUGGACACCAACACCACACACCCUCUCGAUACGAACAGAUAAUUUCAAGAUCAAAGACACCAAUUCAAUUUUGAUUAUUAUACAAUAAACGGAAGGGCAGAAAUCGAACAAGCGAGUGACGGUGAGAUAUUUUAUAAAAUGAAUGAAUGAAUAACGUAAAGAUAUUAAUUUAUAUAUUCAUAUAUUAGAGAUGCAAAAAGACUUGAACAGUUAUAUACAUUUAAAAUUGCAAUAUAUUGUAUACUUCAUUAAAAAAAAUAUAUACAUACAUACCGGCAUAUAUGCAACCACGUAUAUAAGUAUACAUAUUUAACUUAUUUAUAUAAAUGCUUACAGCGAACCAUAAACAUAUACAUCAUAAACCGAAUCUCAAUUUUUCCAAUGCAAGACGAAUAGGAAUCCCUCAAGUAACUCAAGAUCAAUUCAAGUACAUAUAUACUCAAUGACCACCCGGCCGGCGAGAUCGUCUGGCCGUACAGGAAUAUAUAGCUAAAGAUAUAUAAGUAAAAUACGUAUGCAAUACAAUGCCACGCCCACUCCCGAUUGGCAGGCAGCGAUUUUAAGGCGCUGCCCGUAGGAGUUUUCACAGAUCAGAUUUUUCCUUUUGAUACUUAGCAUUCGUUCUUGUUCUACUUUUAGUUAGAGAAUGUUCAACUAGUUUCAGCUUUCGUAGGAGUUAAAUAAUCGACUUUAAAGACACACCACACACACGAAACCAGGAGAACUCCUAGAUGAACCGCAGCUAUACUAAUAACCCCGUAACCCCCUGUAACACACUCUAUUAGACACUAGCCGACAUCUACAGACAUACCCACAUGCAUAACCAUGCGAUUUUAUGGCAAAAUAUGUAGAGCAUAUAACCUAUUAUAUCCCAAAAGAAAGCUAAUCCAUUCUUAAAUUAAUAUUCACGCGAGUAACGGGAGAAAGCCGAAGCGAUUCUUCGAAUCGAGAGCAGAAGAAUCACAGAAGAUUGUGACAACAAACAAAAAGAAUUAACGCAACACGAGUAAACUCCCCCUCAAAGAAACAAACAAAAGAAAACAAUACAUCCAUAACAAGAUCCAAAAGGUAUGACACGAUGAGUCGAAGUCGGAGGAAUAUAAAUUAGAAUCAUAGUUAUAAAGCUACACCCACACACUAGUGCAGCCAUGUAACUAUUUUUAGAGCCUCGGAAAUAAACAUACAUAAAAUACAUAAAAAUAUUAAAUAAACGACAGA